CAUGAAACUCUAAUAAAAAUAUGCGCCCGCCCCGUGAUAUCGUAAACGACGACCUUGUGCUAAGACAGCUUGGCAGUGACCUGUCGGCAAUAAUUUUAGCUGGGGAUGACAGCAGCGAAGAUACGAACGAGAAGAAUAUCAUCCUUGUUAAUGCCAUUACCGAACUUCUUGAGAUUGCGAAUGGCCCAAACUCGACGGCAUCCCAACGAACUGCUGCGUGUAAUCCGCUUUGUGCUGUCCUGGAGACUUGCCACGAAUCCAAAAUCAAGAACGUACAAGGCUGUCUUUGGACGAAUGAUGUCUGGCUCCAGGCCUUGUCUUUCUUUUUGGAACGAUCCGAUGUUGUGAAGCCAAGAUCAAUGAGACAGCUCUUAGUGAUCCUCACCACCACUCUUCGCGAAGAUGUUCCUCCGGACAGAAGGACAGAGGUGCACGAAUAUGUGAUACAAAAAUUGUUGAAGAUCAUCACUGGACGGACGAGUAGGUCUCAAUUGAAGCCAGCCCUACAGGCCCUGGAAUUGUUCCUACAGAAAGGUAUCUUAAGUGUACGAGAGCUCCUGACCUCAUAUGGCUUAUUUCAGAAUCAAACACUAAAGGGGAUCUCCUCGAUUUCUGCCCUCCUCAGAGACCUGCUUCAACUCCUCUUCAACAGUAUCCCAAACAAUGAUGCUGCGCAUACAGCUGGAAGACUCGUAUCGAGUCUCUUGACUUACUCCUUAAAGCAAAAGGACGAUCUUCCAGAUGUGUACGAUGACCAGAAACCGCCUCCAUGGGUCAUACCAUUCUACCAAAGUUUUAGUGCACACUCAGAGGAGUUGCAGAGCUACAAGAACCUUGUUUUCCCGGCUUUAUUUUCCUUUGACUUAGAAGACUAUUUGACUUUCCUCUACGAUCUCGAUCUCGGAAACUAUGUUGAUGUAAUGGAAGGUAAUACAUCCGUCAAGUGGUACACUGAAAAGACUUUACACCCAUCCGCCAAGAUCGGACUUCUAUUUGCUGCAUUACAGUCGGGUAAGGAAAUAGGUCUCAUCGUCGAUGUUGAAUCACGAAAUUGCAAGACGGUACGAAUACAAGGAAAAGUCAUCGAAAUACCGGACGCCUUCAUUUCGCGCCUUCUUGGGGAUAUAUCGCAGACCAUCAGGCUAUCAGCAUUUUCACUACUUACCUCAUCUGCUUUCAUAGCACGACCAUUUACAGUGGGAUCACUGCGAGUCUUGCAACAGAUCUUGCCAAACAUCAUCGCCGAUACUGAUGCAAACGCUAGGUCUGAGGUACUUGGUCUCAUUCAAAGACUGUUUGAUAGACUGAGGGCAGCGACUGCUGCGUUGAAUCGGGACGUCGAGAAGUCUACAUUGAAAUUACAGGCUCUUGAAAGUCCAGAAUCCUCGAAAUCUGAGUCCAAGCGAAUACUACUUGACGCGCACAAAAACUUUCUACAGGCAAUAAUUCAGUCAAGGAUCUCGGACCUUCGACCGACAUCACCUUACCAGCGGCAUUUUGUCUCUCUGAAAUGUAUUAUAAUCGCCUUGAGAUCCGGUCUAGACAAGAGGAUACCCUGUGCUUGCCUGUCUAAGCAAGCUCGAGGUCAGACUUUAUGGCCGUUCAAUAUCUCGAUCAUCAGUGAUCACCUCUUGCGGAACCUGUACGAUCUAAUGCUGAACGCCUUUGACGAUGUUCGCACUUUAGCCAGCAUGAUUCUAAAGUACCAUUUCCUGAGCUCUGAGCAUACGCAUCUUCCAGUGAUGAAGCAGUCAGUAGUUCCAGCACUGGCAGAGCCUUCUGGUAUUUCUACCAAAUUGAUCGUUCGUGCGAAUGAAGCUAUGCUUCGAACAGGACGUGCUGAUCAUGCCGAUGGCGUCGCGAGGCUCUAUGAGCUAAAUUGCGUUGAGCGGCGUCCCUCUCAGGAUCAAGAUCUAGAGGACGGGCAUAGACACAGUAGCAGAGCUUUUGGUGUGGUGAGCCUGCUUGUUGGGCAACUUGAAUCCACCAUACGUAUCGCAGAGACGAAUUCAUCUCUCGCAAUCAAUGGCAAUCCCAUGCAUGGCAUUUUUGCAAGUCUUACUUAUAUCAUUAGUCAAGAUGGUUUCUAUUCGGAACUGAUCGCAUCUAAGCCAAGUGCUCAAACUGGGAACGAUUGGGCAUGGCUCCAUGCCCGUAUUUUCGACUGUAUAAGAAGGAUGUGGUCCUCUGUCCAACAUGUUCUCUGUAACGAUGCACCAGAAGGACACCUGCCCCCCGAGCUUGAAGGCGAGCAAGCUUUCUCGACCAAAGACGUUCUCAGUUAUUCUUGGAGAGCGCUCAAAGACGCUAGUCUCCUCUUGAGGGCUAUCGCAACCAAUGCGACACUGGGAACGGACGAGGAAAGAGCCAUGUUGACAUAUUCCCAAUUCGAAUCACUAGGCCAGUUAUGCUUCACGCAGCUUACUGAGCUCCGCCAUCGCGGAGCAUUCUCGACGGUGGCACAGACAUUUGCAUCAUUUUGUGCUCGCUGUGCCAAAAGUAAGGUUGCCGAAGUCUCUCGUCUACUUUCACAGUGGUUUGAGGAAACUAUGCAAGCAAUUCAAAGCAGAUCCACUGUGCUUACCAGACGUUCUGGUGGUAUUCCGGCGCUGAUGAUCGGAAUUUUGACUGCAGAGCCAGAAGGUACCUUGUUUGGUCGGGCAAUUGAGGAACUUCACCACGCGGCCUCGGAAGAAGGAUUUUACGCAAAUAUUGAAGAAAGUGAUCUGCCUCAGGUACAUGCCUUGAAUUGCCUGAAAGACAUAUUCACACAUACGAAGCUUGGCCAGGCUUCCGAACCGUACAUCGGCAGGAUCCUUACCAUGGCCGGCAGCAAAUUCGAGUCAUCUAUCUGGGCUAUCCGUAACUGCGGCCUCAUGCUUUUUAGGGCUCUAAUAGACCGUUUACUUGGUAACGAUGACCAAGGCGAAAGUCUUGUUUCAACCAAGUACUCGAAACUAUCGUACGAAAAAUACCCUGGUCUCCUCGAUACUCUACUGCGUUCUCUGCGACCGAAACUGGAGAGCUCUCCAGAUGCUGGAUACCCACAAGCACCGGCUACCGCAGUCAUACAAACGGAGGCAGUCUUCCCAGCUCUGCAGAUCUUGCAACGUGCGCCACCUCCUGCAUCGUAUGUCGCCGAAUUCCGCAAGCUCAUGUUCGAUCUGAUCUGCAGUCCAAGCUGGCAUAUUCGGGAUAUGGCUGCCAAAACUCUUGCCCGAACGUUUGACCCCACAGAGCUCCAAAUGACAUAUGAGAGUAUCGCACUCGGUGCCUACACUUCUCAAAAUGACUUGCAUGGAAGACUGCUGACUCUCAAAUACGCCGUGAUGAUGUCGAACCAGUGUGCAGAUACUGAAGACAACAAUCUUUAUGUCGACCUCCUAGGUCAAAAUAACGACCUCUAUGUGCACAACUCUUGCCCUGUCACACGAUAUGCAUAUGUAAAUCUACUACUACUUGCAGCAAAAGCACACGGGCGGAGCAGAAAUUUUCGGAAUGACUCGUCUCUAGAAAUCGAAGAAGCUUUUAUUAAAGUGAUCGAAAUAGACAUACUGUCUCCGAUUGUAGCAUCUGAGCGCGAGUCCUGCCUAUCUUCCCUUCUGAGACGUUCAGCUGCCGAGUUCUACAUACGUAACAAUAUAGUAUAUAACUCUAGCUCCGUUCGCACAUCUCUCCCGAAGGCCUUAAAGGUUAUCGCAGAUGCGGAAGAGCCAGAGACGGCAAUUGCCAUUUUGGAGAGUAUUGCUACCAUCUUCGAAGAUAAUUCUCUCAGACUAGAUGGCGUCUUGCUCGAAAUUGUAACUGCAAUCAAUGCGUUCACAUUGUCAGCUAACCCACAAGUCCUGGCAACGCUUCUCACCACGUCAGACAGUCUACUGCGGUUCUUGUCAACAUCAAAUACCAUUACUGAGACUACCUUAGCUCCUUUACUAUCCAUCGCAACGAACACCGAACCAUUUUUCGCAGCGGCACCAUCUUUUCUAGAGGCCUCGUUGAGUAUCUCGGGAAUUUUGCUGGACCUGCGUCUGCAGACUCAUCGCAAUUUGCGGCAACAGGAUCUUGGAUGGCUAUUAGCGAAUGAUUUCGUCGAGCUUGGACGAAGGAUUGAUUGCUCCCUCAAAGACACUUGCUCGUUCUAUGAGCGCUUCGCUGCCGUCCGCUCUCUGGACGGUUUACAGAAUAUCUGGACGCAGCCUGGCAACGGAUUCGAUAAAGCACGACUCAGUCUCAUGUUUGCUACAUAUGAUGCCCUGAAAGAUGACGAUGACGAGAUACGAGAUGUCGCUUCGGGUGUCGCGGCUCGUAUCCUCGCUUCCCCUCAAAGAAUGCAAGUGAGGAAGCAAGUGCCACUCAUCGCGAGCGCGAGACUGGCUCAGUAUAUGGCGCGACAGUACUCCACGUCUUCAGACCUGUUCUAUGGUGCACUCUGGCGGUUACUUGGUCUUGAUUCGCGUGAUGGGGCGGCUGCUAUGAAACCAUUCUUGGAGACUUACGCACAGGUACGAGCAAUAGACUCAACACUUUUCGCUAAAGAGAAGCAAAAUCUCUUCGCCGACGAUUCCAGGGAGACUUCGAUCUGGUCACGCGUAUUGGUCGCUGCGGAUGCCAAAGCCAUUCCCCCAGACCUUGCGGCAGUCCUGACUACAUGGACGAUGGACGGGCUUGGUGCGCUCACCCAGGCGGCACGAGAUGAGUAUGAUGGACCUCUAGGCUGGACUAGUAAACCAGAGGUAUUUGUCCUUGCUCUUCGUGUGAUUUACGCGGCAGAUGUGCUGCUGCAAUGGCGAGAAAAGACAACGAAGGUUGGGCGAAAAGGUAGUGAGAUUAAGCAGGCUUUGGCAGAAUUCAAGACUGCCGCUGAGGGGAGUGCGGUGCAUGAGGCAUUGACCAUUGCGGUAGACAAAACUCUGGAGAAAGCCGCACUGAGAAAGAUGGAGAGCGUCAAGAUGGCCAUCCGAUCUAUCGUUGGAGUGUAUUGAGGAGAGCUACAUAGCAUGCCAGACAUGCAAUUAUAGCAGAUCAGAAAUAAAAGAAACCCUCCAAAGAUGAGAUGGGGGCUUGAUGUUGUCUGUGCUGGCAAGGAAGCCUUAUGAUCGAUCGCUUUAAUACUGCCUGAGGCAGAACCUUGGCAUGGUGCGUCCACGUUCUUGCACGUGCUUAGGUCUCUCCGGAGAAUCCACCUAUCCAGGUGGUUCAGUCCCAGCACCAGCAUAAUUAA